AUGAGUGCAAGCAAAGAAGACGUAAAACGUCGUCAAGUGAUUGUAAUCUUGGAACAGGCGGCAUUGGAGACGGUCAAGACCUCGAAAGGUUAUCAAUUGCUUAACUGUGAUGAUCACAAAGGGAUUCACAAGAAACUUAAUCGUGAAGCAAGUCAAUCCCGUCCAGAUAUUCUCCACCAAGAGCUUAUGGCAUUGUUGGACUCGCCGCUUAAUAAGGCUGGAUAUCUCAAGAUGUACACCCAGAGCACUAAGGGCGUGCUCGUUGAGGUGAGCUCACAGAUGCGCGUGCCUCGUACGUACAAGCGAUUCGCAGGUCUUAUGGUGCAACUGUUACACACGCUAAAGAUUCGGUCAUCAGACGGCAAUCAGACGUUGCUAAAAGUAAUCAAGAAUCCCGUGACCAAGUACCUGCCAGCAAAUUGCACGAAAUACGCACUGUCGCGUACGGGUACACUGGUAAAUCCGUGGGAAUGGGUGGAGACACUGCCGAAGGAUGAACCGGUAGUGUUUAUUAUUGGUGCCAUGGCACACGGCCACGUUUCGAAGGAAAACUGCAACUAUCUGGACGAGACCAUUUCGAUCUCGGAGUACCCGAUGAGCGGAGCCCAGGCUAUCUGCCGUCUUCUUAACGGCUUUGAACGUCACUGGGGUAUCCUGUAA